AAGCAGAUGGACAUACACAUUCGAUUUUGGAGGAUGGUUGUGUACGGUCUCGGUAUUUUGGCUCACAAUUCCUGGGACAUGGACGAGCUACCGAUCUGUUGGAGCACAUCAAAGAAUGUGUUGCACAACUCAACACGAGGCAGCUUCUCUCAGUAGGAAUGGAUGGCCCCAAUGUCAACUUCAAACUCCUGGAUCUCCUUCAAAAGGAGCAUGCUGAGCUGCAUGGAGGUGCUCAAGUCCUGAUGGUUGGGAGCUGUGGACUUCACACUCUCCACAAUGCCAUGAAGGCAGGCUUUACAGCCUGGCAAAUUGACAAACUCCUGCGCGCGCUCCAUUUCCUCUUCCACAACGUUCCUGCACGGAGAGAGGACUACACCAACAUCACCGGGUCGUCCCGCUUUCCCCUCUCUUUCUGCGGCCACAGAUGGGUAGAAAAUGUGCCAGUUGCAGAGAGAGUCCUGGAAGUUUGGCCCAUGGUUCAGAAGUAUGUCAAAGCUGCUGAGCAUAAGAAGGUCCAAAAACCGAACACAGCCUCUUAUGACGCCAUCCUGGCAGCACAAGGGGAUCCACUCUUAAUCCCAAAGCUUCAAUUCUUCCUUGCCAUUGCGAGAAGUUUUAACCCCUUUCUUCAGAGAUACCAAACAGACGAGCCAGUGUUGCCUUUUUUGGCAAACGAUUUGACUGAGCUUCUGUUGAGUUUACUGCGGCGGUUCAUAAAAAGGGAGAUCCUACAGGACCAAACCCCCCUGCAGCUGAUCAAGUUGGACGUUUCUGAGGAGAAGAAUUGGGUCUCCCUUGAAAGGAUGGACAUAGGCUUGGGGGCUGAAUCUGACAUCAAGGUGAUGUCGUCAUUCAGCAGUUCACAUCCUUUCUCUCAAUUGUGGGCGGAGAUGAAGAAUUUGUUUCCUUCCAACCCCUGAGGCAGCGUCUAGAUGUCUUUCUCCACUCCAAGCUCUGCAUGUCCCACCCUG